UAUACACGUUCUCUCUUGGUAAUAUAACUAGCAAACAGGGCACUGUCUGCUUGUAAUAAGACACAUUCAUUUGGUUCUUCUUUAUUUACAGCAGCACCUCACACUUCAGAUGAUUGAGUUAUACGUCACGCUCAUCUCCAGAUUUAUUAGUCCCUCAUUCAAACAAAACUGAAGGAAGAGAUUUUAUGAAUAAAGCCUCAGCAGACUGGAUUAUUUCUGUAUCUGUUUCAGCGUGUUGUCAGUGAAGCAGACGCUGUUUAUUAGUCAAGUUCAUACCUAAGCAUUUUCAUUCACCUCUGUGGGUUUUUCUUCUCUUCUCGUCUUAUAUCGAUGAACUCAUAAUAGUAUUUGGAGAGCGAGCACAUCUCAGGGUUUGUCAUGAAUACAUCUGAACAUAAACGAGUGAUGAAAGUGCCUCCGUAGACAGGGCCUGAUGACGUCUCUGAGGUGGAGCGUGACGAAAAAUGAUGAAAACAAGCGUGAUUUUCUCUGAUGAUUCAUUCACAAUAGAGCCGGUGUCACCGGUUAAGAGUAUAAACAUACUUUUUGUCCUGAUUUGAAGAGCUGCAGCAAUCACAGACGGAGGCGUUUGAGGUAACACUAUCAGCUCUGCCGAGCUCAUCAGUAAUUGAUGCUCUCAUUAAAACUGCACACUAACCUACUGGGUUACACACAUCUACGGGUUUACUUUAUGUGUGAGGAACCCGUCAGAGACAAACUAGACCCUGAAUCCACCGAGCAUCUACCUGCUGAUGAGUACUAAAGUGUGUUGAACCGAGCGUUUGUGUGUGGAGUGCUAGCCGUUCAUCCGGUGAGACCUUCUUCUGUUUACACUGCUAACACACCACGAGGAUCAGCAAGCAGCCGCUUCAGAGCAGAGCGCUGCCAGAGUCAUGGCAACCAAACAGGUGUGGCACCUCCGCCAGGUGUGUUUGACUAUCAAAUAGCAGAGAGACGCUGCUCCCGAGCGUUCAGUCGAGCAGACGGGAAUCAGACCGCAUGACAGGGAUGGUUCACUCAAAGAUGAAAAAUCUGUCAAUGUACUCACCUCAUGUCGUUUCAAACCUGUAAGACUUUAAUUUAUCUUCAGAACACAAAUUAAGACAUUUUGAUGAAAGCGAGAGCUUUCUAAUCCCUGCAUAGACGGCAAGUGUCCAUUCACGAUCAAGUUCACUUUAUUCUGAUGGUCCCUUAAACACAUUCUGCUGACUAGUUGCACCUACAUAUAUACUAACUCUGACUACAGGUGUAGUAGAGUAUUAGUAGACCGGGUUAGAAUAAGUUGACACAAUAAAGGCUUAACAGAUAUUAAUCAGACAAUCAAUUAUGCUCUACUGAAAGUUAAUUGACAUGUAGGUGUAAGUUACUUAAAAUCAACAAAGCAUUCAAAAGGGACCAUCAAAAUAAAGAAACCUAUAGGACAGCAUUAAAACAGGCCAGGAGACAUCAGCGCUUCAACCUUAUUUUAUGAAGGAGGGAAAAAAAUCUUUGAAUAAAGUUAAUUUACUUUUCUUUGUGCUCAAAAAGUUUUGUACCAGUGGACUAUGUGUUAAUGAUGUCCUCACUUCGGUUCUGGGAUCAUUUCUAUUAAUCUGCUGUCUAUUCAGGGUCAGAGAGGUCUCAGAAUUCAUCCAACAUAUCUUCAUUUGUGUUCUGAACAUGAACGCAGGUCUUAUGGGUUUGGAGCGACAGGAGUGACAUGAAUGACAGGAUCGUCCUCUUCGGGUGAACUGAACGAACUCCUCAGGAGCGAUCUGAAGGCACUGAACUGUUUCGUCCUGACUCCGCAGCAUGAACUGGGGCUUCCUGGAGACCGUGCUGAGCGGGGUGAACAAGUACUCCACCGUGGUGGGCCGCGUCUGGCUCUCCAUCCUCUUCGUGUUUCGUAUCCUGGUGUACGUGGCCGCUGCCGAGCAGGUGUGGAAGGACGAGUUCAAAGACUUUGUGUGCAACACGCAGCAGCCGGGCUGCGAGCAGGUCUGCUUCGACCGCUUCUUCCCCAUCUCUCAGGUGCGGUUAUGGGCCCUGCAGCUCAUCAUGGUGUCCACCCCGUCGCUGCUGGUGGCCCUGCACGUGGCGUACAGAGAGCACCGCGAGAGCAAGCACAAGCGGAGGCUGUACCAGGACAAGGGCAGCAUCGACGGAGGACUGUUCUUCACCUACAUCACCAGCCUGAUCCUCAAGACGUCCUUCGAGGUGGGCACUCUGCUGGCUUUCUACUUCCUGUACAGCGGCUUUCACGUGCCCCGCCUCCUCCGCUGCCAGGAGAGCCCCUGUCCCAACACCGUGGACUGCUACAUCGCAAAGGCCACCGAGAAGAAAGUCUUCCUUUAUAUCAUGGGCUGCACGUCUAUACUGUGCAUCGCGCUGAACGUGGUGGAGAUGAUAUACAUCAUAUCGAAGCAGUGCUGGAAGUGCUUCAGUAAGAGGUACGCUCCCGUUCACGAAAGAGGGCCUCCGUCCACGCUCACCCUCGGCUCUCCGCCGCCACUGGCCAUGUCCAAAGAGGAAGGGCUUCAUUCUGCGCCGGCUGGACACGAAAGCCCAAAGCUCGCUGCCGCAUGAGCGCCUCUGCUUUUUCAUGCAUGCUAGAUGCGCUGACAGCAAGGAAGAACAAGAACAAUUAGUAUGAAGAGGGAAGGGGAAGAGAAAACACUUCUCGUAUCUUUUGUUGCACUGUAUUCGGACAGAAACUCUUGCUAUUUAAAUAGCAUCUAGUCAAAUGAGACGUCAGCAUGCCCUCAUACUCACAAACCAUCAACAAAGACGACACAGUGCAGCCCAGAUGACAUUAAAUACAGGUUCAAUUGGAACCAGUUUGUCAACAACAGUAUGCUAUGUGUGGAGAACAGGAAACUUAUGUUGAAUAUUUAGUAUAUUUUUAGUCCUGCAAAGUUUAUGGUCAUAUUAAUAUAUUUAUUUUUGUAUGCUAAUUGUGGUACUGUCCAAUUGUUAAACCAUUUGGUUUAACAAUUGUCUUUAACUACUAUGUACUUAAUCUUUUGAUACAAUGCACUUAAAGUGUACAUGCAAGGUUUUAUAUUGUACUUGCAUUUAAAAAAUACCUUUCUGUAGAUAAAUCUUUAGUUACACCGCUGACCUUCAGCCCACCAUUAAACCCACCUCAAUAGCAGCUAAAGGCAUCUGCAAUAUAAGGAACACUGUAAACUUUUCUUUAUAUUAGACAUUUGUACACAGUUAAAACACCUAAUACAACUGUACUUAUGAUGACUAUAUCUAUUACAUGUCCACAAUAAAUAACCUUGUAAGAU